UGUGACAUCUGCACAGCCUUCUGUCGCACAAUCCACCCGCUAAAGGCUGCACAGUUUAACGAUGCGACACAUCUCGUCGGGCCUCAGCAGGUGAAGGACGAAGCGAAGCGCUAACAUCAGCACAGUCUCACUGGGCAGAACGCGUUUGUGUUGGCUGUCUGAACACGCAGAUCAGAGGAAAGCCCGACCUCUUCACGUUUUAAUUCAGACCACCCUCACUGGAGCACAGUUCAGUUGUAACGUUGCACCGGUGCAUACGAUCAUGAACUUUGCCUCGCUAACGGUUUUCCUCUGCAUCCUUGGCUGGAUCUCUGUCUCAGUGUCUGAGUUUCACACUGUGGAGGUCCAACGUGGUGAAGAGGUUACACUGAACUGUACCAACUUUACCAGUAUUCCAUCUCACAUCAUCUGGUUCAAACUGGGCAGUGAACCCAACAUCACCAGGAUCUCCUUUAUGACCAGCUCUGAUGGCAUUGCUACGAUCUGUGAUGGAUUUCAAAAUGGCACAUUUACUAUGACAUCCAACAUUGUGACCGUCUUCCUUAAUAUCAAACACGUGGAUUUAUCUGACUCUGGACUGUAUUUCUGUGGAUUUAAUGAGAAUAGAAAACCAGUGAUUGUUCAUGCCACUUAUUUAAACGUAACUCAAGAAAAGCCUUUCGAAAUGCCAAAGUUGAUCAUAAUGAUCCUGGCAGGAGUGAUUCUUGUCUUUUUUAUAAUCAUCGUUAUUCUGGUUUUCAAAAUCAGGAAACAUUCAGCUCCUGAACACGAACUGAAUCCACAACACAGUGAGACUCUGGGCUCUGAUAACCUGAACUAUGCUGCAGUGACUUUCAAACUGAAGCCAAAGACAAACCACAGACCUGCAUCAGACAGAGAGCUGGAGACAGAUCUUGUUUACGCUGCCACCAAAUAAACUGAGAGGAAUGGUUUUGCAGAAACCAACGCUUUUCAUGAGCCGCUGCCAUCACUGUUCAGUCACGUUACGAGACACAUUCUGUGUUCAAGUUGUGCAGUGUCCUGAGACAUUUAAUAAAACCUACUGUUGAGUCAAAGUCAUUUUAGCAUCCGUUUAGCGUUCACUUAUUGAUGUGGGGUUGGAUGGAGAUCUGCAGCAGUUGGUCUGAGGUACAGUACGCUUCGCCUCACAGGAAGAGAAACACUGUGUGGUUUGAGCAGACGAGUUGAAAAGCACAAGGCCUGUUAGGUCAAAGGUUUCCUACGACGUGUCUGCUCUGCAGCACAAACGGGGUAAAUGUCAGUGUCAACUGGAAAAGAACAAAUCAGAAUCAAGUUUAUUCUCAUUAUUGUUAUUAUAGGUUUGGGUUUGGAGAACUCGGCCUAACAAGUUAAAACAAGGUAAAGAAGUAAAAGCAAUAGCGACAGAAUGAAGAGGUAAAAACAGUAGAAUCAUGUGAUUUGCAUGUGACCAUCAGCUGUUUUACAGUAGGUAGAGACGCAGGUCUCUGUUGUGGCUCUGUAGAAGUUGAGCACCUGAAAGGAGACGCUUUCAGGCCCUUUUUUAGCUUCCUGAGGAAGAAGAGCCGCUGUUGGGCCUUCUUUACCAGAGAGGAGAUGUUCAGAGACCUAGUGAGGUCACGUGUGAUGUGGAUUCCCAGGAAUCUGAUGUUUUCCACACACUCCGGCUCUUCUCCGUCCAUGAGGAGAGGAGCUGUCUGUCGUCCGCUUCCUCCUGUGAUCCACGCUCACCUCCUUGGUCUCGCUGGUGUUUAGGGUGAGGCUGUUGCCUUCGCACCAUUUUACCAGGCGCUGGAUCUCGGCUCUGUAGCGUGUCUCAUGGUUUUUCCGAUAUGAGACCCGCGACUGUGGUGUCGUCUGCGACCUUUACGAACAUAUAGCAGAGCAGUCAUGGUGGUGUGCCUGUGUUUAGGACCAGGGUGGAUCAUGUGUGGUUCCCAAUUCUCACCACUUGUGGUCUGUUGGUGAGAAAGUCUCGUAUCCAGGAGUAUAGCGACGUAGGCAGACCCAGGUCCUGAGUUUCAUUUGUCUGAGAUUAGGGUACCUCUGCACACCACGCUGAGGUUCACUGCACCUCCAGCAGGGGGCGCUGUCUGGUCCAAUCCCUUUUAAAAAAGGCGGUAUUAAAACCUGAGCACUGAACUGCAAAAAUGAGGUCUUCAUCUAUUUUAAUACACACUAUUUUUUUUAUCACUUAAAUCGUAAAAAAAAAAAGUUAAAUUACAUAUUACAACAAAAAUCAAUAUAAGGAAUUAAAACAGACAGUAAGUUCAUCAAGUUCUCUCAUACAUAAGGAUCAGUGAAGAUGACAGUGGAGGAAAUGCUUUGUCACACUUCACUAUGCAGCUGUUGCCACUCAUAUAAACAAUGUCACCCACACGGUUCACAACUGCACAUUUCUUCAAAUGAAAGUAACACCUGCAGAAGCUAUAAUCUGAUAUCUAAGUAAUAUAUAUAAGUGUGUGUGUGUGUGUGUGUGUGUGUGUGUGUGUGUGUGUGUGUGUGUGUGUGUGUGUGUGUGUGUGUGUGUGUGUGUGUG